AUGUCUGACAAUAUCAAUCUCUCACAAUGCAGUAAAGAGGAGGAGAUUCUCAAUAAAACAGAACUGCAGAGGAACCAACUCAUCUCUCAUGGUUCUUCAGAAACUGAGAACCAGGAUCAGGAAGGAAGCAAUUCUGAAAAUCCAGGAAAAAAAAGAAAGAAACAAAAUAAGUACAAGAAAGCUCACCAAGGUCAAAAAUUAUAUUCUUGUAAAAUUUGUGAUGAAACAUUUUCUCAAAACAGUUACUUGACGAAACACAUAAAAACUCACACGGGAGUAAAACUUUACACUUGUUCAACCUGUGGGAAGAAUUACAUACGAAAGAAUGGUUUAAUUUCUCACAUGAGAAUUCACACAGGUGAGAAGCCUUUCCCUUGUGGGAGCUGUGGUAAACGUUUCAGUCAUAAAUGCAGCUUAAAAAUUCAUGCGAGACUUCACACAGGUGAGAAGUCUUUCUCUUGUGGGACCUGUGGAAAAAGAUUCACUCAAAAAGGACAUUUAACUUAUCACAUUAGAAUUCACACAGGUGAGAAGCCUUUCUCUUGUGGGACCUGUGGAAAAAGUUUCACCCAUAAAUGCAGUUUCAGUGUUCAUAUUAGAAAUCACACAGGUGAGAAGCCUUUCUCUUGUGGGACCUGUGGAAAAAGUUUCACACUUAAAGGACAUUUAACUCGUCACAUGAUAAUUCACACAGCUGAGAAGUCUUUCUUUUGUGGGACCUGUGGAAAGAGUUACAAUCAUCGAAGUAGUUUAACUCAGCACAUGAGAAUUCACAAAAGUGAGAAGCCUUUCUCUUGUGGGACCUGUGGAAAGAGUUACUAUCAAAGAACGACUUUAACUCGGCACAUGAGAAUUCACAGAAGUGAGAAACCUUUCUCUUGUGGGACCUGUGGAAAGAGUUACAUUCACAGACACAAUUUAACUUAUCACAUGAGAAUUCACACAAGUGAGAAACUUUUCUCUUGUGGGAUCUGUGGAAAAAGUUUCACAAAUAAAGCCGGUAUAAGUGAUCAUAUAAGAAUUCACACAGGUGAGAAGCCUUACUCUUGUGUGACCUGUGGAAAAAGUUUCACUCAAAAAGGACAUUUAACUCAGCACAUGAAAAUUCACACAGGUGAGAAGCCUUUUUCUUGUGAGACUUGUGGAAAAAGUUUCACCCAUAAAGCCGGUUUAACUGAUCAUAUGAGAAUUCACACAGAUGAGAAGCCUUUCUCAUGUGGGACCUGUGGUAAAAGUUUUAGGAUGAAAAAACAUUUACUUAAACACUUAAACAUUCAUAUGCGUGCUUAACAGUGACGUGCGGUGAGGCUUUACGAUGUAUAACAGACACCAUGUAUGUUAUUGUUUACAUACAGAAAGUUUGCUCAUUCAUACAAUGCUGGAGGGCAGAAAGACCGUUCUUUUACAUGUCAUCCAUAGCUGCAUUAACUAGAUGAAUCUUAGAAAUGUAGGUAUUAAUUUUGUGGGAUUAUCCGCAGCAAAGGGAGAAACCUAAACCCUUUGCUGUGUAUCACCCAAGCUAUAUGCAGACUCUUUGCCAUAGCAAUUGACAACAAUGCCACUUUAUGUUUUAGGAUUUAAUACCAAAAAUAAAAUAUUCAAGAAUUUUGCUCACAGAACAGAACAUUGAGUUUGUUGCAGUAGUCUGUUUUUGUCUUAGUGUUUUAUUAAAUAAUUAUUUCUGUGGUAGAUUAGCUACUGCUUCUACUUUACUGAAUUCUUUACACAUACAGACUGUGGCCCACAAAAUGCACAUUUUGUUAGAAAACUAAACAAAAACAUUUUAUUGCCAUCUUAACCUUUACUUAUAAAUGAAAGCCAUGCACCACCAAUUCUGCACAAUAAA